AUGCAGCAGGAGCUCGAGGCGGCGCACGAUGGGCUCUUCCUCGCCGCAGAGCAUGGCCGCGCCGACGUCCUCAAGGCGCUCCUCGACCACGGCAAGGACGUGUUGAAGCUCGACGCAAUUCGCAACGCCGAGGGCCUCACGCCGCUGCACGUCGCCGUCGUGCACCAAAAGACCGACGCGGUCCGCGCGCUUCUCUCGGCCGGCUUUGCCGCCGAUGCUGUG